AUGAAACAUAGCAGUGCGACAAACCAGUCGGGCGAUAAUGAACCGAAUAACGACAACCCGGAUGAGUCCACAUACAACCACAACGAUGUUUCUUCUGCAGUUGACGAGCUACAAGAAAGAAAUAGCACCACAAAUGAUAAUGUGUCAAAUGGCAACUUUGGUGAGCAUCCCCCCAAUUAUGAUGGUGGCCCCAAUGAUGACACCAGCAAGUUGAACUCCCCCAACGGGCAUGCCGAGGAGAGCAACGAACCGAAUAACGAAACAAACGCAAGUAGUGAAAAUGUCAGUAACGACGUAGCGGAUGCGAGAAACCAAGGUGACGGCCUAAACAGUUCAGGUAUCCCAACUGGGGGUGUGAUGAACCAAAUGAACAACGCCAUGUACAACCCCAACAUGCACUACAACAUGCAGAACAACAAAAUGAUGAUGAAUGGUGGAAAAAACAUGCACGGGAAAUUCCCAAUGAAUAUGAACCCACCCAUGAGCAUGUUUCAAAACAGACAACCAAACCCUAUGUUAUUUAAUAACCCUAUGCACUACAUGAACAAUAAAGCCUAUUUGAAGCACCUGAAAUACAAUAAAGUCAUUACAGCUGACCCGAGCAUACCCCCAAAUGAAACCUUGUACGUAAAAAACUUAAACGACAGAAUUAAAAUAGAUGAAAUGAAAAAAAGUUUAAAAGAUUUAUUUAAGCAGUAUGGUGUAAUCGAAGACCUGGUAGUUAUGAAGUCAUUUUGGAGAAAAGGACAAGCAUGGGUUGUGUAUGAUACUGUCGAAAGUUCAACAAAAGCGCUAAAUGCCCUACAAGGGUUUGUACUUUUUGGAAAAAUCAUGCAGAUAAAUUAUUCACAUAACAAAAGUGAUGUGCACUCAAAGAGAGAUGGUACCUUUGUCGAAAGAUCCAAAGAACCUAAGAAACCAAAACAGAUCCUCGAGAGAGAACGGAAGCAGAAAGAAAUCUUCGAAAUGAUGCAGAGAAAUUUUAUAGAAAUGCAAAUGAAUAAUUUUCGAAUUAUGCAAAAUAACGAAUUAGAAAAAAGAAAAAAAAUUGACUUAAGUCAAAUGGAUAAACAAGCUCUAAUUGCUAAGGCUCAGGCAAAGGCGUACGAGGAAAAAAACAAAAAAAAAUGAAUGAACGCAUUUGCUCCCAUGCAAAAUAACAUCGUUGUGGCGUGCAAAAUUUUGUUUGUCGAAAAUGUCGUGGAGAAUGUAAACACACAAGCGUUCAAUGAUUUGUUUAAAAAGUUUUCAGGCUUUAUCGAGGCCAGAAUUAUUCCCCAGAGGAACGUUGCCUUCGUGGAUUACUCCGAUGAGGCGGCAGCAACGUAUGCGAUGAAAG